CUGUGCGCAAAAUUUCAAAAAUUAUAAAUAAUUAUAUUAAACAUUUUGACGCUUCCAUGAUUCCAUCUUGGUAUUUGGUUUGAUCAAUCUCGUGGAUACUGAGGAAAAAAUAAUGUUGAUAUUUUAGAUUUCUUCGCAAAACGGUGGAGUAAAAAGAAGGUUCCGUAUUACAAUGGCUGUGAAAGCUACUGCAUCUCCUAAACCUACUGCUCCCAAAACAAUCACGUCCAUUCAAGUGUUGGAUGCCACCAACAGCGGACGUCCGCUUUGGCUUGUCAAGGUCCCCAAAUAUCUGUCUCAAGCAUGGGAGAACUCUACAGAAGAAAAUGUGGCCACGAUAUUUAUCUCCAGAGAUGCGGGGAAAAACCUCAAUGUCAAGAUGAAAUCAAAACCAUGCGCCACCAACGAUAAAAUCCCGAGCGAAUAUGAAAUUUGUCUGCGCCCGAUAACUGACCAGAAGAUGGCUGUCAUGUCGCAGUCUGCCGAAGCUUCAUCCUUAGCAAUGGACGGACAUUUUAAUCGUCGAGCUGAUGCUCGACCAGCCGCUGGCGGACCCGAAUACAUGAAACUUAAGCGCGAGCAAAUUAAGGUGGCUUUAAAGCCUGUACGCGUGACGAAAAUGGCGGAACAUGUCGUUAAUUUUAAACCGGUUGCACAGCAUGUUCACAAUAUCGAAGAAGAGCAGAAGCGUAGGCCCGAAGCCAAGAAGCUGCGCGAUGAAAAAGAUGUGGUAGUGGAGAAACUGUUGUCUGCCUUUGAACAGCAUCAGUAUUACAACAUCAAAGAUCUGGCCACCAUUACGAACCAACCAGUUGGAUAUCUGAAGGAAAUCCUGCGCGAAUUCUGCGUAUAUAAUACGAAGAACCCGCAUCGUAAUAUGUGGGAAUUGAAACCUGAAUAUCGUCACUAUAAAUGAACACACUUGAGUAGCGGGAAAAUUUACAUCUGGCAACAGAGUCG